UGGCUUCCUAUUUACUGAAACUACUUGUAGCAGGUUCGCACGGAGACAGCACGGCGGCUGACAGUAACUGUGUGUGAGCUGUGAGGCGGGAGGUCAGCGGGAACAAGUUUUAUGUCAGAAUGAGCGCAAAAGUGCGCAGGAGUUGAUGCCAAAUUAGUGUGAAAAGAUUUUAAACUAUGCAUUUAUUAUAGCACAGUUGUUGCUCAGUGUUUAUGUGAAGUUGGUGUGUAUGUUUUUUUUCUUUAAAUAUAUUUUUUUAUCGCUUUUUGAGUGCUUUUUUAAAAACUUCGCGCGUGAGCCUUAACUAGUUUGUUUAAAAAUGAAGUUUAACGGUUAUCUGAAGCUCCGGAUCGGUGAGGCGGUGGACCUGAAACCGACCACCUUCUCUCUCCGCCACACUGUCAUCUUCAACAAAGCUCCUCCGGCCCUGGACCCUUACAUCGUGGUGAAGGUGGACGACUACAAAAUUGGACAGACUCACACCAAACAGAAAACCAACAUGCCGACGUACAACGAAGAGUUCUGCCUUAACGUGAAGGACGGGAAACAAAUCGAGCUGGCCGUUUUCCACGAUACUCCUAUCGGAUAUGAUGACUUUGUGGCCAACUGCACUGUUCAGUUUGAGGACCUCAUCAAGACCUCCAACACGGGAGAGACUUUUGAGGGAUGGAUGGACUUGGAACCAGAGGGCAAGGUCUACAUCCACAUUACGCUCACUGGAUCUUUCACUGACGAUGAUGCGAUAGUGAAAGAGAAGACCUACAAGCAGUUCACGAGGAAGCGGCAGGGGGCCGUGAGACGGAGGAUCCACCAGGUCAACGGACACAAGUUCAUGUCCACUUUCCUCCGCCAGCCCACCUUCUGCUUUCACUGCAAAGAGUUCAUCUGGGGUGUUUUUGGAAAGCAGGGUUACCAGUGUCAGGUGUGUACCUGUGUGGUUCACAAACGAUGCCACCAGCAGGUCGUCACAGUGUGUCCACGCAUGAAGAAGCCAGCGAAAGAACAGCAGCCCAUAAACCAAGGCUUCAGCAUCAACGUCCCCCACAAGUUCAACAUCCAUAACUACAAGUCGCCCACUUUCUGUGACCACUGUGGUUCACUGCUAUGGGGAAUAGUAAGGCAGGGCCUACAUUGUAAAAUCUGUAAAAUGAACGUUCACAUCCGCUGCAAAGGCAACGUCGCACCAAACUGUGGGGUCAACAGCGUGGAACUGGCCAAUAAGCUCGCAGAGAUGGGUCUGCAGGCUGGAGGACUCUCUAAACGCAACUCAGUGGCCAAAAGUGCAGGUCAGAUGAGGGCACCCUCUGAGAGGAGGCAGAGUACAGAAAGUCAGCUGCAGACCCCUCGGCUGGGCAUUUCAGACUUCACAUUCCUUCAAGUGCUUGGCAAGGGCAGCUUUGGCAAGGUGAUGCUGGCGAAACUUAACGGCAAAGACCGGGUUUUUGCUGUCAAGGUGCUGAAAAAGGACAUCAUUUUGCAGGAUGAUGAUGUGGAGUGUACCAUGACAGAAAAGAGGGUGCUGUCACUGGCUCGCUGUCACCCCUACCUCACGCAGUUGUACUGCUGCUUCCAGACUCCGGAUCGUCUCUUCUUUGUGAUGGAAUUUGUGAAUGGUGGCGAUCUUAUGUUCCACAUCCAGAAGUCCAGGAAGUUUGAAGAGCCGAGGGCACGUUUCUACACGGCAGAGAUCACCUCUGCUCUCAUGUUCCUGCACAGCAAAGGCAUCAUCUACAGGGAUCUAAAAUUGGACAAUGUUCUGCUUGACAAAGAUGGACACUGUAAACUGGCAGAUUUCGGCAUGUGCAAGGAAGGCAUAUUUGAAGGAUCGGCCACAGGAACUUUCUGUGGGACCCCAGAUUACAUUGCCCCUGAGAUCCUCCAGGAGAUGCUGUAUGGCCCCUCUGUUGACUGGUGGGCUCUCGGGGUGCUACUGUAUGAGAUGCUGUCAGGACACGCCCCCUUCGAGGCCGAAAAUGAAGACGACCUCUUUGAAUCCAUCCUCAAUGAAGAGAUUGUUUAUGCGUCUUGGCUCAGCACAGAGGCAGUGAAUAUACUCAAAGCUUUCUUGACCAAAAACCCGGCCCGGCGUCUGGGCUGUGUGGCCUCAGAGGGCGGAGAGGGCGCCGUGACCAGCCACAAGUUCUUCGCUGACAUCGACUGGGAGAAACUGAAUCGUAGGGAAAUAGAGCCGCCUUUCAAGCCCAGGAUUAAAACACCAGAAGAUGUCAACAACUUUGACCCAGAUUUUACUCAGGAGGAACCCACCCUGACGCCCAUCGAUGACCCUCUGAUCCCCUCUAUCAACCAGGAGGAGUUCCGUAACUUCUCCUUCACUUCGUCUGAACUGCUGGAGAGCUAAGAGCCCUUCUAAUUGAUCCACCAGUCAUCCUGUACUUGUCUCACUCUUGUCAGUGUCUAACACAGUUCCCAGUGGUAUGUACAGCAUGACACCGAUCACAUUCCCCAGAGACAAGAUGGGGCGAAUCGCAGAGGGGUCAACCAAGCACAUGCUCAACAGCAACUGGGGAUGCACCUGAUGAACUCUUAAGAACACUGUAAUUCCCCAAAAAGGGGCGAGUCAUCAGCUUUUGAAACAACAUGUAGUUUUACAGUUUAAUUGGGACUUGUUCAUGCAAGCGUCCUUGUAGAAACAGUGUAUUUGACGAUGUCGAUGUGUUGUAAUCUUGUUUGACAGCAACAGAAUUUUUGCUCUCAUACAGAUGGAUGAGUUUGCUUCCAGCUAAUUCAAAUGAAAAAGCACUUUUUGAAGCAUAA